UUCCUAUCCAACACUGUACUUGAGUCUCUGUCCCUCAGGACAGAGUGAAGAUGAGGAACUUGUCUAACAGGAUUACUGAUGGGAAGUCGUGGAACAAGUCUUACAUUUUCUGCAGCUGAACUCUCAGAGAUAUACAUAUUCUUCCAUGACUAGCUGUGGAAUAAUGGCAACACUUUGUAAGUUAAGGAUCUAAAUGACUUCUGGAUCAUUUAUGGGGAAUUAAAUCCCCAAGAUUUAUACAUGUUGACCUAGCAAUAAGGAGCAGUAUGUGUGUCACAUGUAAUUACUUAUUAAAAUAUAAAAUUAUUAUGUGCUUGGUGGAAAUAAAUAUGCUCGCUAGUGGACUUUUCCUGUAAUAUGUGAGCUACUGUUACUUCUAUUGUAAUUCUGAGGACUUUUUGUGGUACGUUUAGUAUUUUUGAAAAAAUCUACUUUGGCUGUUUCUACCUCGGAGUAAUUCUAAAAGACUUCAGUUAAAUCUGUGUUGAGAAAGAGAAAAAAAGAAGAGAGAAAGGAGCGAGUAGCUACUCUGGCUCCUUAUGUACGAUCGUCCUGUUGAUGUUCCAGGGCAGAAGAAAUGAUUAAAGGCAAUAAGACACUUAGCACCCAGGAUGGAGUGGAAAACACUAUCACUAACAACACAAACAAACAACUUAAUCAGCUGGCACUGCUAGCCAGACCUGAUGCCCCUAACUGCUUUGCGUUGUUCUUGGAAAGUUGUGUUACGAAUUCCCUGAACAACUUUAGGAGCCCGCCUGUCUUUGGCCCUGCCUCCCUCCAUUUGGCCCAGAUAAAGGCUCGUCUGGCCCUGCACCACCUGAAUGUGAUUGCUGCUGGAAACGUCGCACCCCCUCUUAUUGCUUCACCUGCCCUGCCCUUGCUCAACCUGCUCAAAGUUACCAUGUCCCAUCCUAUGUAUAAUAACCGUGGAGGACUCUUCUCCAGUGGUCAGAGACCUGUGGUAACUGGGCAGUAUGGUCUUGGGUCACAGACUGGUCUGGACAUUGGGCCAAAUGCUCUAGGCCCUAACUCCAUGUCCAGUACUCGUGGGGGAAUGAUGGUAAACCAACAGAUGACUUUUCCAUUGGGUCAGCGGCAGUCGCAGAUGUCCCAGGACCUUGAAGCUGGAAUUGAUGCGAACAUCCGUGGAGCUCGUGAGGAAGUGCGUCUGGUCACUCAAAUGCUACAGCAGCCAAAGUCAGAUAGAAGAAAUGACCUUCGGGAUGAUGGGAUUUCACCAGGUGGCAGUGGUUAUACAGCGCCUGGUGUUGCAGGACGGUCUGACGUGGACUGGAGUGGUUACCAGGUUCCUGGUAAACUUUUUACUUCCCCAGCUAUAGGUCAUUCCUCUAGUUCUACUGGGUUGUUCCAGUCUCCGGCUUUUGGCAGCAGCGGAGGACUAAGGGGUUUGGAUAGCAAGCUUCCAUUAGACCUUCCACCUGCACGUUAUACUUCAGAGAGUGCCAGUGGAAUCUUGGCAAGUUUUGGACUUUCAAGCGAGGACCUUGAGCUCCUUAGCCACUACCCUGAUGAUCAGCUGACUCCAGACAACCUGCCCUUCAUUUUGCGAGACAUCCGGUUACGCAAAGCCAAGAGGAGCAUCCCCGACACUGAUGCAAGAGAUCCCCGGAUCACGGAAGCACGACAGGGCAAAGUGAUUGAUUAUGGACAUUCUAGUAAAUUUGGCUUUCCUGAGGAGAAAACGGACAGCUAUACAUCUGAUCACCUUCCUAAAGAGUCCAGCAAGUACAGCAGAGAAGUCCAGCUCUCUUCGUUCAGUGGCGUUGAUGUAUCAAAGCACCCACAGCAAAAUCCGAGAGUUCCUGCCAAGGCUUCGGUUCAAGAGCUUCAGAAAUCUUCAGCAGUGACUCAAAGAUCCACUUCACAGAGUUUGGACAUGCAAAGGACCAGUACAGUCACUGGAAGACUGCCCACUGCAGCGUCUGUACCAUCUCCCGUCACUCGACUGCCACAGAUGCCGCCUCCACUUGCUGUUCGACCACAAGCUCCUGUGAUACCAUUGGUCUCUGGAGGUCAAAAGCUUUCCUGGCCUCCUGGUUUCCCACCUUCAGCUUCUGCUCCAGCUGUGAAAAGACUGCCGACUCCCACCAUGAUGAAUGAUUACUCUGCAGCUACCCCGAGAAUCUUUCCACAUACAUGCUCUCUGUGUAACAUAGAAUGUGUCAAAAUUAAGGAUUGGAUUGAACAUCAGAACACAAAUCUUCACAUUGAGAGUUGUAGGCAUCUCAGAAAACAAUAUCCAGAUUGGAAUGUUGAGGCGGUCCCUGUUACUAGUACUGAAAAGAAAUCAGAACAUCGUAGUCCAAAACGUCGUGCUCGUUCACGUUCCUAUUCAAGAAGCCCCAGCCCAAAGCGCCAUCAUGGCUCAACCAGUCGUCGACAGCGAACUCGAUCCCGCUCACGGAGCCCUCGGCGGUAUCGCCGCUCCCGUUCUCGAAGCCGAACACGAUCCCCUCGCAGGAAGACUCGUGGUGGAUCACCCUCGUACCGGCGGAGGUCUCGUACUCCUUCAGGACGAAGGUCAAGAUCACCAGGAUAUAGCAGUAGUAGACGUUCACCUGUACGAAGUUCUCGGAGGGCGAGCCCUCGCCGGAGCAGCCCUUCUCGCCAGCACAGAUCGAGCAGCAGUGAGAGACUAGCUAAAAAACUUCUUGAGUCCUCAGAACUCUCUAAAGUCACAAACAGUAGUAGUCUAGAGGCCAUGGUGCAGUCGUUGGCCCCAGCAUUGCUAGCUGAGCUGGCCAAGAAGAGGAACAGUUCUUCUUCUCCCUCAGUGAAGAGUACCAGCAAUCGGAGGCGAUCUUCUUCUCCUUCUUUGAAAAGAAGUGAAUUCUCCAAGUCAAGCUCCUCAACUGUGAAAAGCAGCAUGCCCAAGAGUGACAAGGUUAAGAAGCCCGCUGGACCUGGGACAGCCUGCUUGCUGAGACUGAGGGGCAUUCCAUUUGGUACAACUCGUGAAGAGCUAGUGGCUGCAAUUGAGCCAUAUGGCAAGAUUCACACUGCCAUAUUGCUUAAAGCCAUUUCAGAGGCAUCUGUGUGUAUGGAGAAGGUAGAGGAUGCCAAAGCUUUGGUUAAAUUUCAGAACCUGAAGUUGCAUGGAAGGCAUGUUAACAUCUGUAUGGAGAAGGAUACAAGAGAUGAACAAAGAGAACAGAAACAGAAAAAACCUCUGAUCAAAAAAAAGGACCAGAGCACAACAAAGACACCACAACCAUUUAAACCUAAAGGGGUAACAGGCAAGACAGUGCAAACAGCUAAAAUGAAUGACUUCACCAAGAAACCACCACCAGGGAAACAAACAAACAAAGCAAAGCCCUUAAAAAAAGGUCCAGGUGAGACUCCAGUUGGUAAAAAGGUUGUUAAGAAGGAGAUCCCUUGGAGGCGAAAUAUAGUUGAGAUCACUGGUCUUCCACAGGAAGGAGUCACUGAAGAAGUCCUCAAAAGUCUUGCUAGUCCCCAUGGAUUUGUUUCAACCCCAGUCAUAGCAGUCACUCAGCAAAAGGCGUACUUGGAGAUGCCCAACACUGCGGCAGCAGAGGCACUUGUGAAGGCUUAUGCAGAAACUCCGGCCAAACUGCAAGAUAAAGAGAUAACCAUCGCAAUGAUGACUCGACCUGUGGAUCUUAAUUAUACUGAAUCCUUAUUUAGAGUGCUGAUGGAAAUGGAGAAAUUACCACCUCAGGCCAUUGCAGUGCUUCCUGAACGUCUCCUCACAGUCAGUAAUGUGCCUAAUGAAGUCACCGCAAUCAAGGAAGUUGAGAAUCUCAUCAAACGUUUUGGUUCAUAUAAGCAGUCUCUGCCUCUCAAUGGCAGGAUCAUUUUUGAAAUGGAUACACCUGCUAUCGCUAGAUCGGUUUACAGCCGGUUCCUCAAGUUUCCAUGUAUGGUACGGAAUAAUUCCCUCACGUUCAGACUCGCCAAAAUGCCAAAGACUUCUGAACAGAUUAAAAAGAAGCCUGAUGCUAAAGUGGCUAAACCUGUUCCAAAAGUGGGAACUAAAGCUCGUGCUAAGCCUAAACCUAACAAGCCUCGGGCAUAUAAUGUUACACAGGUUCCUGCAGCGGCGACAGUAACACGUACUGAAGAUGACAAAACUAAGGCGGAGGACAGUUCUGUGAAAGAAGUAACUCGAAAUGAAGCCAAGUCUGUGAUGAACCCUAAUGGUACUACUGAACCAUCUGCUGCAGAGAUGGGAGCAGGAGUCACUGCAUCAGACAGUGAAACUAAAAAGGAUCUUUUAUUUGAUGAAACACCCUCUGUUAAACUUAGUGACCAUGUGUUGGACACACAAUCUACCGAAAAAGCUGCGCUGGAAAGCAGUGACUCAGAAAUGGACUGUUUUAUUAUUGAAACGAAGUCAUGUCAAAGUGUCCCUCACAGUGAAAACAAAAUCGAGACCACUGGCACUGAAAACAUAGUGAGGGUGAUCAAAGAGCCUGAGUCAGGAGAUGGUAUUUUGCCUGCAGGAACCACUGAGGAAGUUGGCUUUCCUGUUGGUUCAACAGAUCAAGCUGAAAAAGAACUAAAAACAACUGAGAAUGCUGAAGAAAUGACCAUGGACACACUUGAGAAUGCUGAAAAGGACCCUGUGGACAUAACUGAACUUGGUGAAAAAACAGACAUGGACACAACUGAGCAAAGUGAAAAAGAAGACAUGGACACAACUGAGCAUAGUGAGAAAACGGAUAUGGACGCAAAUGAGCGUAGUGAGAAAACGUCCACGGACUCAAGUGAGCAUAGUGAAAAAACAGAUCAGGACACAACUGAGCAAAGUGAAAAAACAGAUACGGACACAGCUGAGCAAAGUGAAAAAACGUCCACGGACUCAAGUGAGCAUAGUGAAAAAACAGAUCAGGACACAACUGAGCAAAGUGAAAAAACAGAUACGGACACAACUGAGCAUAGUGAAAAAACAGAUACAGACACAACUGAACAUAGUGAGAAAACAGACACAGCUGAGCAAGGUGAAAAAGCAGACAUGGACACAACUGACCAAAGUGAAGUCACAGACAAAGCUGAGCAUAGUGAAAAAAUGGCCACAAAUUCAGAAAAGUAUGGUGAAAAAGCAGACAUGGAAACAGCUGAGCAUAGUGAAAACACACCAAUCACCAUAACUGAGCAUGGUGAACAAGCACUCUUCGACAGUGCUGAAUGUAAUGAAACAACAUGCAUGGAAAGUGGUGAUAAACUUCAGACCGAAACUACUACCGAAGUUGAGGCCAUGUCUGUCGAAGAGGAUGAGGCUGUCAACGCUAGGCUAGUAAACGAUAAUGCUGCAGACUCUCCGACAGAAGGACAAACGGUGGUUGUUGGUAAUAUAGCGAGUGGUGAGAACACUUUGGUUUCAGAAACAGAGCAUCAUAGUGUCCCCAUAAUGGAGUCUGCUCUAGUCAGUGAGAUGAUGGAAGAUGACCUGAAGCCACAGAAUGCUAUGGCUGAAAAUGAGCCCCAACUCCAUGAUGACUUGAAAUCAAUUGAACUGGAUCAGACUGGUAGCACUUUGCAGGCUUGUGACCAAAGGCAAUUCUCAGAUGAAGGUACACCCCAAUCAGUGUCUCUUCCAUUUGAUGAUGCGUCACUGGACUUUCCACCUGUUACGCAAGAGAUUUUAAAAGCUCUGGAAGCAGCAGUCCAUCAGUGCCGUUUGCAGUCCUCUAUGAGGCGUGCCGAAGAAGAAGCCAGGCAAAAGAUGGCGGCAGAGAAAGUAGCUGACAAGGCAAAGAAAGCAGGUUAUGCUGACAGUCGAAAGACCCAAUCUGUCAGGGGGAAAAAAUCUGGAAGUUCUCAAACUGGCAAUGGUGAAUCCCCAGAAAGAGAAUCCACAUCUAAACACAGACGAAAGAACAGUCCAGAAUAUAUGGCUCCUACCACUAGACGUGGAGGUUCAAGUUCUUCCAGUGCGUCUCGCAAGAGUACGUCUGAAAGCAGUCCAGUCUCAAGGGAUUCUAGGGAGCAUGAGGAGGAUAGCUACAAGAGCCGUAGCACCAGCAGAAGUACACGUUCUUCUAGAAGUGCUUCAAAGUCAAGGAAAACCACAAAGCCAAAAGAAGCAGAGGAAGAACCUUUUCCCUUCAACCUAGAUGAGUUUGUAACCGUAGACGAGGUUGUGGAUGAACCAGAAGAACACGUUCCUCUUUGCUCUGAACCUUCUCCCGAGACUGAAAUUUCCCCUGGUGUCCCCAGCGGCUCCACUUCACCCUCCACACCUCAAAAGAAACUCCCAACUUCCUCCUCCAAGUCUAGUCCUGCAACUAGAUCAAAACAAGCUAAGAAACCUCUACCUUCAGCCACAACCCGCAGGACAAGAGCAUCUGCUAAAGUAGUUGAAGAUGAAGAAUCCAAGACAGCCACAGAGUUAGAAGAGGCUGAAAAGCUGGAAGAGAAGCAGGGGGCUGAAGAUGUUGCUUCUGAUAUCUUGCUAGAGGCUGGGACGGUAGAAACCAACAUCUGUGAAUCAGAGAAGACUGUGUGCGAGUCUACAGAAGAGCCGUUACCAGAAACUUUGUCGCAGGAUGAAAACAAGGAAUGCAGUACUGAGGAAGAGUCCCUUCUUGUCAAGAAAGACCCCACAGAUGGCGGUACCACCUGCCAGCUUGAACCAAACCAGAUUGAUUCAUCUGACCCCUCAUUAAAGGAUGAACUCCAUCUGGCCUCUGAGGAGAAAGAAAUAAAAACUAAUGUUGAAUGUGAGAUGGAGGUUAAAGAAGAAGUGAAUGAUGAAGACUCUGCAGUCCCACCUCAAGAUGCCCUGGUGACACUUGAUGAGGUCAAUGAGGAAGACGAGGAUUUCCCUGAUGAUGAAGCAGAUGAGGAGGAGCUUCUAAGGCUCCAGGCUGGUGAAAAUCCUGAAGCACUUUUGACUGUUGAUGAGGUGGGAGGUGAUGAACCAGAAAUUGACUAUCAAUUUGAGAAAGAAUUUCAGGGCUUGGUCACUCUAGAUGAGAUUGUUGAAGAGGAGGAGGAAGGGGGGGAAGCAGAGAUGGAAGAGGAGGAGGCAGAGAAAAAAGAGGCUGAGAGAGAAGAAGAGGAGGAGGCAGAGAAAGAAGUGGAGGAGGAUGUGGAGAAGGAGGGGGAGGAGGAUGAGGAUUCUUUUAACCCUGAGACUCUAGUUACAUUGGAUGAGGCAGGAGGUGACGAGGAGACAGACGAGCAGAAUAAAAGCAUACAAGCUUGUUCUGAAGCUGAAACCCCAGUUUUGCAGGAGGGUCCUGUGGAAUCAUCUUGCCUAGAUGAGGAAGCAUGUCACAUGGAGGAACUAAGCAGAAUGAACUUUGUGACUGUGGAUGAAGUAGGGGAAGAUGAAGACAAUCAGGAAGAAGAGGAGGAAGAAAAAGAGUUAACUGUCACCAGGAAGGGUGCGAGGCCAAAGAGGAGACCUCGGCAGUCAGCGAGGAGAUCCAGAAGAAAGAAGAAAGGAAAGGCCAGUAACCAGACAGAAGAAACUCCUGAAGUAUCUAUUCCAGAAGAAACUUCAUCAGUCACUGAAGUCUCAACCUCAGUCACAGAGUCAAUGGAUCUAGAUCUCAAACCAGAACUGCAGAAUCUGAAAGAGGAGGAGUCUGCAAACACUGAAAUUCCACCAUCAGAUACAGAUGGAGAGAAGUGUGUUGAACGUGAGGACACUGACAGCCAAUCUGGGACUCUUUGUACUCAAGCUGUGACUGAAAAAAGAGCAACAAUUAAAGAGGAAUCCAAGCAGAGGAGAGACGAUGAACCAGAGAAGGAGCCAGAAACGAAGAGACCUUGCACUGAGCCAUCAGCAACAGAAGAAUUCACUCUUCCCCCAUUUAACCCAAACAACCCUAUUGGUAUAGACUUUGUGGUGCCAAAGACGGGCUUUUUCUGCAAGCUCUGCUCUCUGUUUUAUGGCAGUGAGGAGACGGCAAAGAAAACACACUGCAGCAGCUUACGACAUUACCAGAGCAUGCAGAAAUAUUAUGAGAAGCUAAAAAAUCAGAGUGGAAAUGCUCAGACACCAACCAGUCAAAGUUCUGCAUCUGAUUAAGUUUUUCAACAGUUGUGUUCUUUUGGGGGUUUUUUUAUCAGAAAUUCAUCCAUGGGUCCAAUGUUUUGUUAAUUGCUUGUUAUGGGCUAAGUUUAUUUUAAACUCAAAAUGAUGCAAAUGUUACAGACAAAAAAUAAAUGCAAUCUUAGUAAAUGAUUAUAGUAUAUUUUAUUUCAAAUGUUUGAUUUAUCCAGCGGUACAUUUCUUUUUUUCUUUAAAGAUGUGUUGUAAAUGAUGACUUAUUGUUUGUCAUGUCAUUUAUCAAAUUUUGUGUGGACCUAAAUCCUGUAAAAUGAACUAUUUGAAGAGAGCUGUGA